GUUCCUCUUAAUUGAUUCCAUUCGCGAUUCCAAUGAUUUCGGAAGUCUAAUGCUAUCUGACGCUGACGCGUUCGUCAGCUCGAGCCAGUUACGUUCGUCUCGUCUCUUUUGCCGAUUCCUACGAGUUUCACACGUCACAAUCACUGUCUAAGCAAGGAUGACUGCAGGCACCAGUUUAGUGGUGCCCAUAGUGCUAUGGGGACGCAUAGCGCCAACCCACUGUAUUUCCUGUGUUUACUUAUCUCGAGAUCAAAAGACUCUGGUAACAGGCUGCUACGAUGGCCAAAUAUGUCUGUGGCAAGUGGAUCCAGAAACAUUAAAGAUGACUCCUAGAUGCCUGUUGGUUGGACAUACCGCUCCGAUUAUGUGUCUCAGUCGGGCCAGUGUUGUAAUGGAGCAGAAUUUUAUUGUCAGCAGCAGUGAGAGCGGAGAGAUGUGCACUUGGGAUCUAGUUGAUGGAAAAUGCCGAGAAGCAGUAAAACUUAAUAGCGUUCACACACAAAUGUUGCCCUAUGUUUCCACGGGUGGAGAGGAUGUUAGAUUAUUUUGCUCUGGAUAUUACCCUGAGGUUUUGGUGAUGGACCCAUUCAGUUUGGAAGUGCUGUUUACUCUAAGUUCCCGCGUCAAUCCAGAUUGGAUUAGCGCCUUGCACGUUUUGCGGCCGGCCAAACGGAAAGGUCGGUUCUACGUGCAUACAAACGACGUCGUGCUGGCUUUGACGACAACAGGCACAGUCAAGGUGUGGACGCUUUUGGGACAUGAGAAUCGGAACAGUGAGCCUCUGUACGAGCACGAAAGCAAACAGAUUCGCUGCUUGAAUGCACUUGCAAUGACUUGCUGCCCCUACAACCAGAGAACAGUGCUGAUUGUAUGCUCCAAGUAUUGGCAGAUAUUUGAUGCUGGUGAUUUCUCGGUUCUCUGCUCGAUAACGGCCCCACGUGGUGAACGGUGGAUGGCAGGCGAUUUCUUAGCCGCUGAUAGGGUUAUUCUGUGGAGCGACGAAGGUCACGGAUAUUUAUAUAAACUUCCAGCAAAGAUUCUGGUACAACUUGACAGCAAGCUGAAGGGCAAGGCUCUCAGCAGUAGCGUUGCGGACAACAAAAAUUUUCAUACCGCCGGUGCAGAGUACGAUCAGCCCUAUCUCUACUGUACAUUAACACAGCCUGGAGAUAAGCCUCUUUCCUGUCCGCCGGCCAUGCGAUUAGUCACCGUGCAACGUCAGAACAAGACCUUAAAAUAUCUCUUACGCGGAGACAGUGAGGGUGUCGUUAUUCUUUGGACAGUGCCGGACGUAACGACGCAACAGGUUGCUCAGAUUUGCCAGAAUGACGGAUCGUCAUCACCGGCAUUGUCACCGAUCGUGAAAACUAGUCUCACCGCUGCCUGGGAUGCAAUGAAACCGUCUCCUGUAGGGAUACUUGAUCAGUUGGACACUGGCGAUGGCCAUGGCAUUAAGCUUACUGCUUGCAUAUAUUUGCCGCAACAAAGUCGACUAGUCGUCGGUCGUGAGGAUGGUAGCAUCAUCAUUGUGCCAGCGACUCAAACCGUAAUGCUUCAACUACUUCAUGGCAAUCAUCAGCAGUACGAUGAUUGGCCACCACAUCAAGUUUUAUUGGGCCACUCGGGACGAGUAAAUUGUCUGCUUUAUCCUCAUGGCGCAGCCUCUCGUUACGAUCGCACCCAUCUCGUAUCUGGUUCUGUGGACUUUGCUGUCUGCCUCUGGGAUUUAUAUGCCGGCACAUUGAUUCAUCGAUUUUGCGUUCAUGCUGGUGAAAUUACGCAACUGAUGGUGCCCCCCGAUAAUUGCAGUCCUAGGAUACAGAAAUGCGUUUGUAGCGUUGCAUCGGAUCACAGUGUUACCCUACUCUCAUUAGCGGAAAGGAAAUGCGUCGUGCUUGCUUCGCGACAUCUUUUCCCAGUUGUAACUAUCAAAUGGAGACCGCUAGAUGAUUUCAUGAUAGUCGGAUGUUCAGACGGUGCCGUAUACGUCUGGCAAAUGGAAACUGGUCACUUGGAUCGCGUACUUCAUGGCAUUAUCGCGGAAGAGGUGCUCUAUGCUUGUGAUGAAAACACUAUAGCGGCAGCUGGCGGAUCCGCUACCGGCGGUGAGCUAGGACUAGCUAAUCCUGCUGUACAUUUUUUUAGGGGUUUGCGUCAUCGAAACUUGUCGGCGAUUAGACACGCGACGCAAAGAGGGCUGCAUCAAUUGCAACAGCUCCACGGUGGACAUGGUCCCGACCACGGGAAUCAGAUAAAAGCCAAAGGUUCGCCGCUGAUGAUCCAAGGAUUCAGAAGUAACCCAAAAGAUCCAGAAAGUCAUAUUUUAUUCUUUGACAUAGAAGCACUGAUAGUACAAUUGCUCAGCGACGAGUAUGGUGCCAUGUCGCCUGGUUCCUUGGAAGCACAAGGACUUAUCUCCGCUGCCGAAUAUCAGAAAGUUGCAGCACUCACUCAAUCCGCCAGUCCUGAUGCGCAUAAGAAAAUUGUUGACUUUUUCGGUCGCGUCAAGGAUAAGGCGGGGGAUGUUGAGCGAAUAUUGAAGGAGAAAGAUCGUCAUGGUAUAUUGGCUAAGAUGAAGGAGGGUGCAGAGAAUGUACAUACUAAGUUACAGGCCAAAGCAGAAAGCGUCGGCCUCAAGCCGUCCACAUUUGACGGCAAAGGUGACAGUUGGAAUAACAGCGAUGCGGCGAAGAAUAGUUUGAAACGAAACGGUGCGUUCAGCGAGCCAAACGCGACAAUGGAAGUAGCACAGUUGCUUUUGAGCCUUUUGCAUGCUUGGGGCAUGGAUCCAGACUUAGAUAGAGUUUGCGAGGGAAAGUUGGGUUUACUACGGCCUAUGGUUCCUGUUUCAUUCGGUGUACUAUCCAAGGGAGGUUACAUGUCAUUGUUAUUGCCAACUUGGCAGACACAGCUUGAACCGGUCGGUGAACCUACGACUCAAUUGGAGCAACGCUUACCUGCUGAACUAGUUAGACAAGAGAGACUCACUAGAGCAUUCACAGCGAGAGCACAUUGGGAAUUAUCAACAACAUUAACGAGUAAUCAUUUACUGGCAGUAGUCGCGUUAUCGAAUACUUUAAUGUCAAUGAACAAUGCCACGUUUGUACCUGAACAAGAACGAAAUCGCAAAAUGCAUAGGCCAGGCAAUAGAGGUGCAGUAAACUGGAACAAGACAGAAGAGGAAAAUGAGGAAAUGUACACGGUACAACAAGCGCAGAUAAAGCAAGGUUGGUCCCUUCUAGCCACUUUGCAUUGUGUAUUACUACCUGAUAAAGUUGCGGCACAAGGUGGUGCUAAGACCUUUAAGCGACCUCAAGUAGAAAUGAUGGCACGAAGGUGGCAACAUCAGUGUGUAGAGAUUCGAGAAGCAGCUCAAGCUUUGCUGCUUGCCGAACUUGGCAGGAUGGGCUCAAAGGGUCGUAAAGCGCUUGUCGAUAACUGGUCGCAAUAUUUGCCGAUGUAUAGUACUCAGGAGCCAAUCGCACCGCAACCACAAAGUCAAACUUCGCCGGCUGCCGGAAGUCCGGUGCCACCAUCCGAAUCACAACCAGAAGAAGAAGAUGAAGAAGAGGAAUUAGCUGAAGAGUUAAGUAUAGCCAGGAAGCCAUCGAGCGUAGCGGAAUUGAAGCGAAAGCAAACUACGGCGGUAGUGUUGUUGGGCGUGAUAGGGGCUGAAUUUGGUCAAGAUGUAACUACUACGAACCAAAGAAGGGAUAACGAGCAAAGACGGAAAAGUUCGAUCGUGGAAGGCUUUGGCAUAGGAAAUAAUAAUCUUGCCAGGCAUACUAGCUUGGCACUCACUCAUUUAUUGCACGCGCCUCAUUCUCCCAAGUUACCGUUACACACGGCAUUACGAAGAGCAGCGAUUGAUCUUAUUGGCAGGGGAUUUACUGUGUGGGAACCCUAUCUUGAUGUAUCCAAGGUAUUAUUAGGCUUAUUGGAAAUGUGCUGCGAUGCGGAUAAGUUAGUGCCGAGUCUGACAUACGGCCUUCCUCUCACCCCGCAAGCCGACACUUGUCGCACGGCACGUCACGCUUUAACACUAAUUGCUACCGCUAGGCCAGCCGCCUUUAUCACCACGAUGGCUCGCGAAGUAGCCAGAUUUAACACUCUUCAACAGAAUGCUCAGACUUUGAAUGUCAAUCUGGGUGCAAGUGUUUUAACUAGGGCAAAGCCAGAGAUCCUCAGAAUCGUUGAACAACUAAUUGACAAGAUGCAGAGUGAGAUGAGCGAUCUUCUUGUAGAGGUCAUGGACAUUAUUCUACAUUGCCUUGAUCCAGGUCAUUUGAAAAUGAAGCCUUUGAACGAAGUAUUUCCGGCAGUGUGUAGAUUUAAUCAAGUCAGUCAUUGUCCAGCAACGCGCAGGAUAGCGGUUGGCGGUCGCGGCGGUCAACUAGCAUUAUACGAAUUACGAGGUAAUGUCAAAUGUCAAACCGUUCCAGCUCACUCAGCGCCGGUUACCGCGUUGGCCUUUUCACCGGAAGGGAAGUUCCUUGUUAGUUAUUCUUGUUCCGAGAAUAAACUAUGUUUUUGGCAGCAAACCAGUAGCGGUAUGUUUGGCCUGGGCAACUCACAGACUCGCUGCGUCAAAUCGUACAGUACUGCGCCCAUCAACGACGUGGCCCGAUUGAACCCUAUGCGUUUGGCUCGGCUGAUUUGGAUCAACAAUCGCACAGUCACCUUAAUGCUCGCUGAUGGCUCGGAAACGCGCUUCAAUGUUUGAACGCCACAAAAAAUCAGUCUGGAACUAUCAACAGUUUUGUUCGACAAGCAAAAAUAGCUUGUUCGUCGUUUAGUUCCGGCAGCAUCGAUUGAUCCCGGUUUAUGCAAUAUUUUCUUCGUUAACAUAUUUUUCACAAGAAUACUGCAGAUAGUCUACAACAGCAGCCACAGUCAUACUGUUUUCAAUGAAGCUAGUUUAAGCAUCUCCAAUUAAAAAAUGCCAUUUUAUCGGUUAAAUCCUUGUAGAAUAAUAAUUGAUAAAUAAAAGAAGAUAUAAGAAAUUUACAUAUAUGGAUUCAUGUUUUUAAAAAGUAUGUAAAUUUAAAGAAAACAUUGCAUAAAUCAGUUUUUAAUAUAUACAAAUUAUUUAUUACAUUAUCUUUUUUCGUUUAUAAUACACAUUAAAUGAAAAUAUUAAUUUGUGAGAGUUAGCUAAUCGAAGCUGUCGAUGUUUUAGUCAAAAUAAUUCGCGCGUAACUCUCGCCAGAAGCACCGCCGCUGAUUUCAGCGCACUCAUUGGUACUUAAUUUAUAAUAUUAGUACUAAAUCAAAUUUUAUUGUGCUGUCACUAUCUGUAUAUCAUCGCUGUAUAUGGUUGUUCGGAUCCUCAUUUAUGAUAUUCCCCUUUUGGAUUAGAACCAGGAUCAACCUUAUUUGGCGCUAAAUGCGCGAUUUAAGUACGCAGUUCAUCAGCAAUAAUUUUUCACGCAAAUUGUGCGAGAUCAGAGAAAUUAUGCAAUGCGAGUUUGUUCCUGCCAAUUCUUCGGAAGUUGCAACGUCUGUAAGAUAUAUAGUUUGUUAUAUAGGUGCAAAGUUUUAAUUUUAGUAACAAUCGGAUAUUUUGUCAUAACUUAGAUACUCGUUUAAUAGAAAUAAGGAUUGUUUUCAUUUAGCUUUAUUAGGCCAUGCAAAACCAUGAAAGAAAACAUUAUAUUGUAUUUGUAGCGUGUGUGCGCGCGCGCGCGCGUGUGUGUGUGCGUGCGUGCGUGCGUGCGUGUGUGCGUGCGUGCGUGUGUGCGCGUGUGUGUAGGCCGUUUUCCAACAAGCGACACGGAAGGACACAGUGUAACACAGUGGAUCAUUUCAUCGUUGUUUAACAUUGACAAACAACAAGGAUGAAAUGAUUCACUGUGUUACAUUGUGUCCUCUGUGUCGCUUAUUGGAAAACGCACGCGCGCGCGCGCACGCACGCACGCACGCACGCACGCACACAUUGCUUGAAAGUAUACUGCCACUUCAGGCGGAUUAAAUUUGCACAUGUUUCGUUGUUUCUCUUUAUUAAUUUUUCGGUAUCUUUUGAAUUGCCUAAUUCCAAGUUCGUUUCUUUGAAUUCUACAUCACGUAUUUGCAAGUUGAAUGUUAAGUCAGAUUGCAUUGUUUGAGAUGAUGCAUUUUUUUAUUAAAGCAAAUAAAAUAUCAAGAAAAACAAUAGAAUCGUAUAUACAUAUAUGUAGCUAAGAAUAAUGGCUGCGUUUAACAGAAAAAGCAGUUUUGUAACUGUUGUAAAAUUCUUUUAUAUUAUUGGUAUUUAUGCAUUUAGAUCCGACAGGGACUAAGGGCAAGGAACCAAUCGUGUUGAUGAAUUUUACAACAGUUACAAAGCUGCUUUUUCUGCUGAAUGCAGCCAAUGAUGGCAGUAAAGCUGACGUGGCCGUAGCUCGGAGGCUCUGUUAAAUUUAAUACCUGGCAUUUGACGAAUAUUCCACGACCAAAUAUCAAUAUUAGUAUUUAUUUAAUAAUUUAAGAUUGAGUCAAGUCCGUUCUUCGAGAUCGGUUAAUCUGAAGAUCGCUUCGUCGCUCUUUUCUCGUCAUUUCGAAUGAAGAUUUCUCUCUGUUUGUGAGCAACAGACCGCCAUGUGCAUAGAUUACACGUAGGAUUAAUUUAUAUAAUUUUUAUUGUACGCGAAUUCGCAUUAUAUGAUGCUAUACUAAUGCGUAUCAGGUGUGCCGAAUGUCGCGUGUAAAUCUUUUUUUCUUUAUUUUUCAAUCCAUUGCGGAAACAAUGAUUUUAGGAUGAAGGUGUUAUUUAUUUAUAAUUCUGUAUUUUCAUUCUCGCAUUUUUUAAACUUGUGUGACUCGUGUGUGAUUUAUUCCGCAUGAAUCUUCAUGAAGGAUAACAUUUCCUUAGCUGAGAUUUGAGUCUGGAUAAUUUCGGAACGAUUAGCAAAUCGGCAAUGUAUGAAUUUGAUUUUUGAUUGAUCAUGUUUUUUUCUCGCGUUAGAAGAUUAGUAAGACAACUUGAAGAAAUAUGUGAAUAGCUUUAAACUUAAACUGUGCUUGUAGAGUAAAAUUUUGGCAGCAGGGAUAAUUCUGACUGUAUAUUAUUUUGGAGAAUGAAUCAAUAUAUGUGUUAAAAUUACGCUUAUAUAAAUUAUAAAACGUUUUAAAAAUACGCUUCUUUUGUUUUUAUGUAUCUAUAAUUGGCAAUAAAUUCGCGUGAUUCAGAAGUUAAUAAAUGCAGCUCACGUAGAGAGCUCUCUCAGAGUGAAUAGUUCAAAAAAUUGGUCUUUUAUAUAACAUUUUUAAAUUAUGUAGUUUAUUUUACUUUAUUUAUAAUUAUAUUUUAUAAUAAAUACCUUAACAUCUUUUAUUUUCACAAAAAAGCAAUGGCAUUACAAAACUGCACCAAAGUUCAAAGUGACACCAUUGCUUUUUUAAGGAAAAUUUAAAAAUAGUAUCACAUCUACACUUGAGUUGAUUAUUAGAUAUCUCGAUAUAAAAAUCAAUAAUUCUCUAACAUUCUACUAAAGAUUAAAUCAAUAAAAUAAAAUUUUCUGACAAUUAGGAGUUGGUGCUAUAAGUAAUGUGCAACAAUUUUAUAAUAAAACAAUAUAUAUAAUACUGUACAAACGUUUCGGUUGAAUUUUUUGCCGUCUUCUCCCCAGUUCAUAGUUACUUUAAAUUUUAAUUACAGAAUUGCUAACUCCUAAUUGCUUAAAAAGCUUAUUGUAUUGAAUGCAUCUCGAUAAAAUUUAACUUUAAAUUUGAAUGUUGUUCACACAAGUUUACAUGAAGUUUACUGAUUUAAACACAAAAGAGUUUUGACUUUCACAUAGACUAUGGAGUUUUAUUAGAAAGAAAAAUUGAUUCGAAAUUAUAUGUAGUAGAACAGAUAAAUUGUUUUCAAUGUUCUUAUGAUUUAAGAUUCUUAAUCAUAACAAGCUUCGUUAUAUUGACGCAAUCAUAUCCAUAUUUUAUGGUACGUUAUAGUGCUGAUUGUAUCACGCAGGCGUGUUUGCAAUCGGUAUAUAAAGUAUACUUGUCUUAUGUCUCUUCGAUGAUAAAUUCGGAGAACAGUUGGUUCCUUCGGAGUUUCAACAUAAUUGAAUAUGUAUGUAUUUUCUCGCACAAAACUCAUUUUUCAGAAGAAAAAAAAAAAUAAAACCAUGUAGAAAAGGAACAUUUUCUGUCAUUCUUUUCUUUUUUUUCGAAACUUAAUAUUGAUUUCGAAAUUAACGAGACGAGCAUUCUACGAAAUUCAGCGGUCGAUGCGAAUCGAUAGCAUUAAGUUUCAACAAUUUGAUCGAUCGAUUAUAGGAAUGAGUUUAAUUAUCGUCUGAUUGAUCAUAGGCGACGUGUAUGUAUGUACAUACAUACAUAAAACCAAGUUGCGCCUAAUGAUAUUUAUGCGAUUCAAUUUUUCGUAUGUGAUUUGCGCACAUUAUGCACUAUAUAUUUUCCGGAACACUCCGAUGGAACAAAUUAUACCGGAUAAUACGUUCUAUCCGUCUUUUUAUAAUUGUUGACAGACGUAAUCAAAAGAGAGAAACUUCAAACUUAAUCUUUUCUUCAAGCAUAAUUUUUUUGAAGUCGUGAGUUUUAGUCGCGAGUUUUUUUUCAGUCUUAUUAAGUACACACUUUUGAAAAGAUGAAAUUAAGAUACAAUUAAGUGAUUAAAAAAACAGCUUGGUGUAUUGCGGAAAUAAAUAAAUAAAAUUUUCUUUUACUCAUA